CUCCCUGCUUCCAUUUUAACGGGAGUUGGAAAAUCCCGAACGCGGGAGGGGCGAGAGAGAGAGAGUGAGAGAGAGUUAUCGUCGUUGAUUCUUCUGCGACUCGAAUCUUCACCGUCCAUCUCCGAUUUUCCCCUCAUCUCUUGGCGGUUCUCCGGUGAUGGCUCUCCCUGCGUCCCCGUCGUGAUCUUCCGACUGCCGUGAAGGCCUGAAUGGUGAUCUGGAUAAGGUUGGAGAUUAUUAGGAGUGCGAUUUGGUGUUUGCUAGCUCUUCGAGAAGGAUAGAGAGUCCAGUAUUAUAAGGUCGCUUCCCCAAUGUAGCAAUUUUGUUUCUUGGUGCAUGCAAUUUGGUGGCCGUAUCUGCUCAGAUGUGAGAAUCCUGGAAGCAUUUUGAGUUCCACCAGUUGCUAUGAUCGUUUGCCAUACAAAAUUUUCUUCUAUUGGAUUAGUGCUGGCAUUUGAGUUUGGCGUCUGUUUGAGAGAGAAACUCUCUGCUGCCGCCAUCUCUGCUGCCGGCAUUGAAGUCUACCACUUUUCAUCCUUUCAUGUUCCCUGAAUUUCCUGAGCAAAAUAGUCCUAUAAAAACCCAGAUGGCAGUCGCAACUUUUAAGGGACUCCUCAGGGGUGAGUACCAUGGAAAUAAGGGAUUGGAAGGACAACCUUCUGGGAGGAGGCGUGUUUUUGUUCAAACUGAAACUGGCUGUGUGCUAGGUAUGGAACUAGAUAGGGCUGACAAUGCCCAAACAGUGAAGAGGAGAUUGCAGCUUGCCCUCAAUGUCCCAACUGAUGAGAGCUUGUUGAUAUAUGGGGAUAUGGUGCUGAAGAAUGACCUCAGCUCUGUCAGAAAUGAUUCUCCACUUCUUCUAACUAGGAACUUCUUGCACAGGAGCUCAUCCACUCCCUGUCUUUCACCGACUGGGAGGGAUCUUCAGCUGAGAGAUCAGAGUGGUCCGAUUGAGAUAUUAGGGUGCUCAAAUCAUUUUGCUAGAUCAAGGCAGCUGGUGAACGACAUUGUGGAGGCAAUAAAGAUUGGCAUUGAACCAGUCCCUGUUUGUAGUGGGCUUGGAGGUGCUUAUUAUUUCAGAAAUUGCAUUGGUGAGAAUAUUGCUAUUGUGAAGCCAACAGACGAGGAACCUUUUGCCCCAAACAACCCAAAAGGUUUUGUAGGUAAAGCUCUUGGCCAACCAGGCCUGAAACACUCAGUCCGGGUCGGGGAGACUGGUUUUAGAGAAGUUGCAGCUUACCUUCUUGACCAUGAUAAUUUUGCCAAUGUGCCGGCAACUGCACUUGUAAAGGUUACACACUCGAUUUUUAAUGUAAAUGAGGGAGUAAAUGUAAAUAAGUAUCAGAACAGGAAGCAGGUCAGCAAGAUUGCAUCAUUUCAGCAGUUCAUCCCUCAUGAUUUUGAUGCAAGUGAUCAUGGGACUUCUAGCUUCCCUGUUGCUGCUGUACAUAGGAUUGGGAUAUUAGAUGUUCGGAUUUUAAAUACAGAUAGGCAUGCAGGAAAUCUUCUGGUUAGGAAGCUUGAUAGGGUUGGAAGGUUUGGUCAGGUGGAACUUAUUCCUAUUGAUCAUGGCCUAUGCCUACCUGAAAGCCUAGAAGACCCAUAUUUUGAGUGGAUUCAUUGGCCACAGGCAUCAAUUCCUUUCUCAGAGGAGGAGCUUGAGUAUAUAGUUCAUCUUGAUCCAGUGCGAGACUCUGAUAUGCUAAGAACGGAGCUGCCAAUGAUUCGAGAGGCAUGCCUCCGGGUCUUGAUUGUUUGCACUGUUUUCCUUAAGGAAGCAGCAGAUUUUGGUCUAUGUCUUGCUGAGAUUGGGGAAAUGAUGAGUAGGGACUUUAAAGGCCAUGAUGAGGAGCCCAGUGAGCUUGAAGUUAUAUGCAUCGAGGCAAGGAGGCUAUUGGAGGAGAGCAAAAUUCUAUUUUAUGAGGCAAAAGUGGGAGAUAAAGAGGAGUUUCAGUUCGAUAUAGAUUGUGAAGAAGGUGAAUUGGAUGUGAUCCCAAAAAUUCAAGAGAACUCAGCAACAAAAAUGACUGUCAAUGCUGUGUUUAGAGUUGGAAACAGUCGAAACCCGUUUUCUAAAGUAGAGAAUGGUGAGGGGCUGGAGGUAGAGGCUGAGAGUAAGAUGUCCUCGAGGGCAGAAGAUAAUUUUUUCCUGGCGCACGACCAGGUUUCAUCUGUUUCAAAGUUGUCCAUGUCUUUGAAAAACAUUGGACUUGGUGGAAAGAGCUGGAGACACCAGGGUGCAAUUUUGAGAGGCAGUAACUUGGCUUGCACUUCAUCUGGGAACAGGAGUGUGAAUGAGCAGCUGCCUGCUAGCUCUAGUUUUGUGAAAUUAGAUGAUAUGAAUGAAGAGGAGUGGGGGCAGUUUCUCGAGAAUUUCCAGAAGCUGCUGCACGCUACUUUUUGUAAUAGUAAAUUAGAGAGUGUGGGUCAGAGGCAAAGACAGAGACUUGGAACAUCAUGUCAGUUUUGAGAAGUUUUAACUACCAAAUAACACAAGUCUGAAGGCAUUUUAAGGUUUGUAGGGUUUUUGGUGCAUAAACCUUGAAGAAUCCUUUGGUUAAGAGGUUUUUUCCCAGGGAAGCAUUGUGUUUUGAGGUUGGAUAUGAUUUGAAUAUUCCUAUUUCAGGCAAUGCAAGCUUUUGUUCAUCGCCUUAUGUAGGGAGGUUGUGGCUUUUAUUUAUUUAUUUGCAUUUUCUUGCACGCCUUGUUAACUAUCUACAAAAUGUCAAUUAAAUAAAAUCCAAAAAAAGUUGAGGCAAGAAAA